UUUGUCUUACUCCAACCCUUAUCAAAACUUUCAGUUCCCCAGAAACAAAAUAUGUCGAAUCCCGGAGAACCUGUUCGAAUAUCGUCGGAAUCUCCCGUCACCGGAGCACCUUCUCUCUGGCAACAAGCUCCGAGAUACGAUGCCGAUCUACGUGUCCCACUCCAAAACCUCUCGAUGGUCAAAAUGAGGAUGGAUUCUCUACAAGAUUUCCUCUCUCAAUCGGUCAACACCAACACUUUGAUCUCCAAACAUCAAAUGGGUCUCGUCUCCUCCGAAAUCGCCGCCGCCGUCCACCAAAUCAUCGUCAACGGUGCCGCUCUCCUCUCUUGGGCCCAAAAGGUCCAUUUCCCGAAUCCAACUCCGGUUCCAAACCCGACUCCGGAACCGCUGAAAUCCAAGUUCAACGACUACGACGAAGGAGAUUCCGAUGUAAUCGAGCUAGACGCUGUCGAAUUGCUCGCGGAACAUUUACAUUUCUGCGAAAUUUGCGGCAAAGGUUUCAAACGCGACGCGAAUCUACGGAUGCACAUGAGGGCUCACGGAGAUCAGUACAAAACUACGGAAGCGUUGUUGAAGAAAUCGGAAGUGAAGAAUCCGGGUCGGAGUACCCGGUUUUCGUGCCCGUACGAGGGGUGUAAUAGGAACAAGAAGCAUCUCAAGUUCCGGCCGUUGAAAUCCGUUAUCUGUGUGAGGAAUCAUUUCAAGAGAAGCCACUGCCCAAAAAUGUAUAGCUGCAAUAGGUGUCAUAAGAAGAGUUUCUCUGUAUUGGCUGUUUUGAAGGCUCAUUUGAAGCACUGUGGCGUCGAUGAAGAGAUCAAGAAGUGGAAGUGUAGUUGCGGGAACGGGUUUUCCAGGAAAGAUAAGCUCUUCGGACAUAUAUCGUUGUUCGAAGGUCAUAUGCCUGUGGUCGAGAAGGAGCCAGCUGUGGCAGCGGCAGCAGAGGAUAGGAAGUUGAAAGGUGUGUUGGAUAUGGAGGAAGAUGAAGAUGACUUGAUGGAGAAGGAAGAUUGUUUAGAAGAUAGUUUAUUUGAUGAUUUGCUUCAUGAGUUUGGGUCUUUUGAGAAUUACAGUUUGGAGGAUAUGUUCUAAAUUUUUUUUGCAACAGUAUUUGGUUUUAACUCUUGCAAUAAUCUCUGUUGUAACAUAUUACAGUGUUAGCUUCUAGUGACAAUAAAUUGUUCUUU